AUGGGUUCCACCACCUAUCACCUUGACCUUGAGACCUUUCACCGACAAGCCGAUGUGCAACUUCUCGACGACAUCGAUCGUCUCCGAUCAUUUGGGAUCAGCCACUAUGUUGCUCUGCCUCAGUUGGUUGUGUGCGGCGACCAAUCCUCCGGGAAAAGUUCAGUCUUGGAGGCGAUAUCGGGAAUUCCCUUUCCCACAAAAGACAGCCUCUGCACGAGAUUCGCAACAGAAGUCAUUCUCCGUAGAACACCAGAGCAACAUGUCGAGGUGACCAUUCUGCCGGGAAGAAGUCGGGAACUGGCAGAGGGACCCCUGCCAGCGUUCCGGGAGUCUCUAGCAGAUCUAGACAACUUCGCAGAUGUCAUCGAGUCAGCCAAACAGCACAUGGGUGUGAACGAAACUGGCACUGCAUUUACGGACGAUGUCCUCCGAGUCGACAUUUCGGGUCCAGAUCGGCCUCACCUCACGAUCGUCGACUUGCCUGGGCUGAUUCAUUCCCACAGCAAAACACAGUCUGCCGAAGACGUCCAUCUGGUCCAAACCCUGGUGCAAAGGUACAUGGAAAGCAGCAGGUCCAUCGUUCUGGCAACUGUCUCCGCCAAAAACGACUACGCUAAUCAGGUCGUGCUCAAAAUGGCCCAGGAGGUGGAUCCGCGCGGCGUCCGCACUUUGGGAAUAAUAACUAAGCCUGACACCCUUUCUGUGGGUUCGGAAAGUGAGAUGGCAUAUCUCAACCUUGCCAGCAACGCAGAGGUUUCUUUCAAUCUUGGUUGGCAUGUCCUAAAGAACAGAGACUAUCACUCGCGUUACAGCAGCUCUCAGCAGCGAGAUCACGACGAAUUCGUCUUUUUAUCACAAGGAGUCUGGGGCCAGCUGCCCAGGUCAACCGUGGCUGUUGGACCCCUUCGAACGAGACUCAGUAGAGUCCUUCUCGACCAGAUCAGAAGCGAGCUGCCCGCUCUCACGCGCGAGAUCGAACAAAAGCUAUAUGAGUGCAAGGUCGACCUGCGCAAGAUGGGUUCCAGCCGUCAGACUCUCGAUGAAAAGCGGCGUUUCCUACUGCACUUGGCCCAGGAAUUCCAAAACUUGUGCAAAGGGGCCAUCGACGGAACGUAUGGGGAUCAAUUUUUUGGCGAUCCUCGCUCAGACGUCGGCUAUCAGAAACGGAUUAGAGCCGUGGUGCAGAACCUGUCGUUGGAGUUUGCACAAGCGAUGCGGCUUCGUGGCCACCUGUACGACAUCUCCUCUGCGCAAAUGACAAGGAACCACGAGAAUCAGGGAGGUGAUCCCGAGAAGAUGUCCCGCCAGCAGUACAUCUCGCACGCCAAGGAGCUGCUGUCGAGGAGCAGAGGCCGCGAGCUUCCAGGAACGUACAAUCCGCUCCUCAUCACGGAUCUCUUCCACGAGCAGUCGUCUCCAUGGAAGGCUCUGGCCCAGAAAUACCUGCGAGCUGUUUGCGAUGCGACCCGGCUCUUUGUCGAGUCGACCAUCGCCUAUCUCACUCAUGACGAGACUGCAGAAGCAAUCUUCCGUGACCUGAUCAACCCCAUCAUGGAUGCACAGGCUUCCGCUGCGAGGGAGACCAUGGCAUCCGUCAUUGACGUUUACGCGAACAGUCAUCCCAUAACAUACAACCACUACUUCACGGAGACAAUCCAAAAUGUGCGUAGUAAAAGGUUAAAUGACGACCUGGCCACACGGUUGGCGAACUUCUUCAAGACACCCGAAGGCGAAAUGCUCGAGGAGAUGACCUUCUCGAAAUUGAAAAAGUCUAGCCUGAUCUCAGCACUGUCUGCCCGCAACGAGACGGACAUGGAUUUGUAUUCCUGCGCCGAGGCUGUUGACUGUAUGUUGGCAUACUACAAGGUAGCGAUGAAGGUUGUGGUUGACAAUAUUUCGACACAGUGCGUGGAGGAGAAACUGAUAAAGUCCCUUCCCAGCGUGCUUUCCCCAUCGGCAGUGCUUGAAAUGGAUGCCAAGACAAUUAAUGGCAUCGCUCGCGAAUCUGCGAUCAGUGCAGAGCGGCGCGAGGAUCUAAGAAAGAGAGCAGUGACUCUUGAGGCCAGUCUUGAGACUUGCAGGAGGCACACCAGUGUCUCCUCGCUUGCGAAGCGCACUUCGAGAGACGUCUCUGAAGAUGAGCAGAGUGAAGAAGAACGACCUGUCGACGUUCCCGGACCUAUGGCACAGUCAUUUUCCGACCUCACAACCAAUCAUAGAGUAGAUGGCGAGGAUGGCAACGUGAGCCUUCCCUUGGCCGUCGACGAAGGUAGAAAGAUCAAGAAGGCGAAGAAGAAGGACAAGAAAACCUUCCAGACACAAGAUAUUCUCGUACAGGAAUAG